UUGUUUUUCUUUUACGGUAACGCACAAACACGCGCAUACGCGCGCACUAACACACGCACGGACACACGCAUACACAAUAUGAAUAAAUUAGACCGUACACAGCCUAAGCCUGUGUCCAUCUCUCCUCCGUCUACCAACUCUGCCGUUCUACUCUCAUCGUCUCCUCAACAACCCCCUUUCUCCCUCACACACUCCCUCUCUCUUGCUCCCUCACAUUCUGUUCUCUUCCUCUUAUUUGUGGAAGAGCUGCUAUCUCUGGCGGUUUGCCGCAUGGUCGCUAAAGACUCAACAUCAUCUGCUUCCCGGACUCUUCAACACUGCUGCACGGGCACAUGCCACACGGAUGUAACGGCAUUCACCCGACCGCACCGCAACGGGUCACUGGAGAUCAAGACUUCAUUCUGGCAGAGGGUUUGUAACUGAGACCAAGAAGGGCGAUAAGUGCGCAUCCUCUGCAUGUGAAGAUUGAACCACUUUGGCUGGAUGACGGAGUCCAGAUUUUAGCAACACGUCCACCCAGGAAAACGCAACUCUCCUCAGACUCCAUUGCUGCGAUGUAAUGAUAGCGAUCAGGAUGAUGUUGGAGCAGAGUUUGGCAAUCUAAACAGCAUCCGAACUUUUCUCAAAUUCUAUUUAUAGGCCUAUGUACAGUUUCCUUGUUUUGGUCAUCGCACAGGACUUCUAUGCUGGUUCCAGAGUAGACUCAUAGCCCGAACCGCCCUCCUCAUGGAACGAUCAGCAUCUUUGGAUAUAGAAGCGCUCAAGAUGUGGAUGGACGUGGACAAGGAUGUGCUCUCUCCAGGGGGGAUGUGUGUUGGUGGUCGCUAUCUGGAGCUUGUUAGUCUUUGAUUGCAACCUAAUGACAACACUGGCAUUGAGAUGACUCAGGAGCAGUACAUUCUGGCAGCGCAGCCAAACUCCUUGCACCAGCGGGGGUCAUCAGUGUGCGGAGCCCAAAUGUACCCUGCGGUGGGAAUCUACGGCUGGAGGAAAAGAUGCUUGUACUUCUUCAUUCUCCUCCUUGUCGUCACUAUGAUUGUCAACCUGGCGCUGACCAUCUGGAUCCUCAAAGUCAUGAAUUUCACUCCGGAAGGAAUGGGCAAUCUGCGAGUGACUAAAGAAGGGGUGAGACUGGAGGGGGUGUCUGAAUUCCUUUUGCCGUUAUACGUCAAAGAGAUCCAGUCCCGAAGGGACAGUCCAUUGAUCAUGCAGUCGGAUAGAAAUGUGACUAUCAAUGCUAGGACUGAUGACGGACAACUGACUGGUCAACUCACAGUGGGCUCAGAGAUGGUGGAGGUCCAGUGUCAGAGGUUUGAGGUGAAGACUCCUGAUGGAGAGAGAGUUCUGUUCUCUGCAGAUGAAGAGGAGAUCAGCAUCGGCACUGAGAAACUCAGAGUGACAGGGUCAGAAGGAGUUGUGUUUAGCCAUUCCGUACAGACGUCACACGUGAGGGCAGAGCCAUUCCAGGAUUUAAAGCUUGAGUCUCCAACUCGGACGCUAACCCUGGAGGCACCUCGAGGUGUGGAGAUCAAUGCUGGGGUUGGAGACUUAACAGCAUCAUGCAGGAAAGACCUCCUGCUGCAGUCCUCCGAAGGAGAGAUCUUUCUAGACGCAAACACCAUCCGGCUGGGCAACAUUCCCCUUGGCAGUGCGGUGGACCCACUGGAAGGUGCUGCAGCAGGUACCACCUACACCAAACAGACAGGCGUGUACGAACUGUGUGCCUGCGCCAACGGCAAGCUCUACCUAUCACCCGCUGAGAAAGGCUCGACCUGCCAAACAACAAGUAACUUUUGCCUCUGGAGCUGAAAGCAGAAGGCGGACCGGAAAGUGAAAAACAAUGGACCACAGGAGAGAAGCUAAUGCUAGCCAACAAACUGAAUCAACACGGAUCAUAAAUGGUGGUCAAGCUAUUGCAAGCCAAGAGACCAGUUGUCUGUAAUCUGGCAAGUCGUAUAAAAUGGAAAACAUCUUGGCAGCACCAACCACCAUGGCCUGUGGAUUUGUUUCAAGACAGUCCCAACUGAAGAACUGCAUCAGGGAUGAGAGAGAAUCGACUAUCAGCUCAGUUACCCCACCAAAUUGGAGUAUGCCAGUACAACAUGUUAGUCAGAAGAAUGGAAGAAUUUGGUGGAACUGACAAAGGUGUCACACUAAGGACAUGGAUGUCACAACCGUACUAAGUCGGACUAUCUGAUACAAUGCUCGUGUGGCUGUUGUGUUUUAAGUGCGACAAAAAUGGUCAUCAGACAAAAACAAAUGUUGAAAGAAAGUGUAGUGCUCAUCGAAUGAUUAAAAAGCGAACGGUAUUAACUGCAACCUCACCAGCAGGAACACAGAUAAGGACCGUGGGUCAACCUCAACUGAGGAUCAUGUGUUCAAGCUGUAGGUAGCUCCCACUUUUGGUUUCAUCUCGUGGGAAGCUGAGGCUAGCGACUGGACCAAGCUAAACCAGAAAGGCCUUCCCUUUCCUACCCACCUGGUAUUUUCACCCAAUUGUUAUAGUACGACUGAACCCCACGCUCGCCCCUUUCAGUCGCAAAAUAAUGUCACAACAAAACUAGACCCUUUUCAUUCAUUAUUUAUUAUUUAGGUUUAUAUUUAAAAUGUCUUCAAGAAAACGAAUCUUUCUUUUUUUAAAUGACCAGGUUCAGGUUACCAGCAGCAGACAAAUAGAGUUAUGGUGUUGGUUUGACCACCACACUGGGGCAACAGUACAACUAGUUCAGGUCUCAUAAUGGACUUUAAGGUUGUGUUUACUCUUGUCAUUUGGUUUUCUGGUCUGGACAAACGUGGAAAAAGACACAUAAUAUGAUACUGAUUGAUUUCACGUUCACACCGGCAAGAAUAAACAUAGAAAAUGAUGAUGACUAUACUGACCCAAUAUACUUAUCAAGUCAUGUUUGUGAAUUAUAAUAGACAAAUAAAUGUUUUGGAAAUGUGAGUGUCUUAACCAAAAAUAUAGCUUGUUACCAAGCAACCUUAAGUACAGUGUGAACACAACCCAAGAGUCAUCCUGUAUUCCCCUUUUCCACUGAUUUAAUUCCCUGUUAUUUUUUAACAAUUUUUUGUUAUUUUCAGUUACAAUUUUAAGCCUUCUUAAUUUCAGUGUUUUACUUAAUAUCGACCAGUGUGAAAUCAUUAUAUUGCCAUCUCUCAGUACUGACUAUUUCUUUUCUUCUAAAAGUCUUGGGACUCCACCAAAAAUCUUUUACUUGGUGGUAGGACUUCAUACCUGAAUCUUAAUUCUUCAUCUUACCAACACAGUUCUAUGCCGACGUUGUGGGACUAUUUGAGAAAAACCCUUUUCUGUAGCGGCACGUCAUGGUCAAGCAAUCUUCAUGUGGAAAAAUUCAACACAUCAAACCCCGUUUGGAUAAAUUGUGUGGCGGCUCCUUCGAGUCUGUGUCCCAAUAUUUACGUCUUCAUUGUUGCUUUUGGAACAUGUUACAUCCAUCUUCGCUGACCUUUGAACAGUUCUGCAAACUAAAAGAAAACAACUUUAAAGAUUCCACAACAAUAUUUAGUGAAUUUUUUUGUUUGCUUUUCAUGAUUUAAUGAUUUUUAAUGAAAAUGUGUGAUGUGACUGAUGCGUAAUCUAGGUGUCAUCCCCCAACCCCUGAAGGGCAAUGAGCUGAAUAAGUAUGUGCUCGGUAGGAUUAAGGCCCCAAGGCUGACUGACUCUGUUUUUUUACAAAGCGAUACACAGGUGCCUUUGCUGCUGUUGGUAAAAGCACAUCGCAGUCUGGACGUUCACACUCCGCUUAGUGGACAUCUGCAAGUGUCAACCUAUUUUUCGACCUACCUACCUACGUACCUACUUCCUAUUUUGCCCCCACCCCCUGACAACACACACACACACCACCCAACCAACUUUCCUACUCGGGUUUGUCGUUGCAGUAUAUCCAAUGAAAAAAGAGAACUAUCCAAUCCUGGUUUUAAGUUGUUUGUUUUCUGACUUGAUUUUACUCUUGAUAAAAAAAGCACAAACGAUGCCAUGUAUAUACGUACGAAUACCAAUAAAA